AUGUCUUGUCUUGCCAUCCACCGCAACAUUGUUGCGCAAAUGCGCCCCGAAAUACAUUGUACCAUCUCACAUACACCCCUCACUAUCUUUCUCUCCUCCUCUCUCUUUCUCUCCCUCUCUCUCUCUCUCUUUUCACAGCCUCACUUUCGCUUUCUUAAUUCCUUCUUUCUUUCACCAUCUCUCUGCAUCAUUCUAACACAUAUGACUCUUAUUACUUGCUUUUUUAUAUCUCUUUCUUUUUCUCGUCCUACCAUUUUCCCUUUAUCUGUUAUCAUCUCUUACCCCCUCUCUCUCUAUCUAUCUAUAUAUCUAUCUAUCUAUCUAAAGAUGAUCAUAUCUAUCUAUCUCAGUCUAUUUGUAUCUAUCUCAGUCUGUAUCUAUCUGUCUAUCUCAGUGUGUUUCUAUCUAUCUAUCUAUCUAUCUAUCUAUCUAUCUAUCUAUCUAUCUCAGUCUGUUUCUAUCUAUCUAUCUAUCUAUCUAUCUAUCUACCUAUCUAUCUACCUAUCUAUCUAUCUCAGACUGUAUCUAUGUGCCUCUCCCUUUAUCUAUCUCAGUCUGAUUCUUUCUAUCUAUCUAUCUAUCUAUCUAUCUCAGUUUGUUUGUAUCUAUCUAUCUAUCUAUCUAUCUAUCUAUCUAUCUAUCUAUCUAUCUCAGUCUUUCAUUAUCUAUCUAUCUAUCGCUCUCUCGCUUUAG